AUGUUGCAGCCCCUCUAUGGCCAGCUAGGGGACAUGUGGGGUCGCAAGUAUCCCAUGUUGGUGGCAGUGGGCGUCUUUGCUAUCGGCAGCGCCAUCUGCGGCGCUGCGAAUUCAGGCGGAGUGCUGAUCUUCGGUCGAAUUGUGCAAGGCCUUGGAACGGGCGGCAUUGAUCUCUUCGCUGAGAUGGUACUUUGCGACAUAGUCCCACUCCGACGCAGGGGUCCUUAUCUGGCUAUAAAGCAUGCUGUCUUUGCCAUCGGAACGACUCUGGGACCACUCCUCGGAGGCGUCUUCGCUGAGCGCGGUUGGCGUUGGUGCUUCCUCAUCAACAUACCGGUAUGUGUGAUCUCCAUGAUCGUCAUGUAUCUCUGGCUGCAUGUGGGCGGCGGCCUCAAGAUGAAAAACAUGAACAUCAGAGAAGAGAUAAAGAAGGUCGACAUAUGGGGCACCACAGUCCUCACUGCGUCCGUCAUCAUGCUGCUCGUUGCACUAAGCACUGGCGGUGCCUCUCACCCUUGGGACCAUCCCGCCAUCGUCAUCCAGCUCCUCUUCAGCCUCGCAGGUUUCAUCGGUUUUGCGCUGUUCCAGCGCUCAAAGUACUGCGCCAGCCCCAUCAUGCCGAAGGAUGUUUUCUCGAACCGCACCACGAACAUCGCCUUCGCCCUUACGACUAUCCACGGCUUCAUCACCUACGGCUUCCAGUUCUACCUACCGCCCUUCUUCCAGGCCGUGAAAGGCUCCACACCCACGCAGUCAGGUCUCGAAGUCCUUCCUACAACCCUCGUCAUCGUCGUCCUCGCAGCCGCAGGUGGUCCCCUUCUUACCCACUGGGGUCGAUACAAGCCUAUUCACAUCAUCGGCUUCGGCUGCAUGGCACUCGGACUAGGACUUUGCGUUAUGCUCGCGAAGAACACAACCGUGCCCGCAUGGCUGAUGUUCCAGCUGGUCGCUGCCGCCGGCUCCGGCAUCGUCAUCUCGAGCAUGCUGCCCGCGGUUCAAGUCAGGCUCCCGGACACCACGACUGGCCAAUCAUCCGGCUCAUGGGCAUUCCUUCGCGGCACGGGGUCACUGUUCGGCGUAGCGAUCCCAGGCGCGGUUUUCAACGUGCGCUUCGCCUCUUUACUACCCAGAAUCUCCUCCACAACAGCACAGGCUCAGCUCGAAAAGGGACAAGCCUAUCAGCGCGCCACAGCUAGCUUUAUUAAGAAAUUUGAAACAGAUGUGCAGGCUGAGAUCAUACAUGGCUUCACAGAGAGCUUGAAGUGCGUUUGGGUUCUGUUCACUGCGUUGGCUGUUAUAGGAUUCUGCAUCGCGUGGUUUGAGAAGGAGCAUGAGAUGCGGAAGACGCUGGAAAGUGCGUAUGGGCUAAAGAUGCCGAAGAGCGCGGGAGAGACGCCUGCGGGAACUGCACCAGGGAGUCCGGUAGGGACGCCAGCGGUGGAGAAGAGUUUGGAGGAUGUGGAAAAAGGGUUGGAGGGGCUUUUUGAGGAGAAGGUGGGGUUAAAUCCAGAGAACAGUUGA